CUCCCUCCCCCAUUUUUUACGGAGAAACUGUCAAAACAUUCCAAUGGUGUGAGCUCGACUGCAGCGCACAGAUUGCGGGCAAAGCGCAGGACACCAGGUACUACAACCAUGGCUCCCCAACAUGCCUUGCUUCUGCUGGUUAUCGCGGCCAAUGCCAUUGAUGGGCAACAGCAUCAGUUGAUGGAGUACAUGGAGAGGAGGCUCGCUGUCUUAGAGGAGCGGAUCUCACAGUGGCAUGAUCAGAGCAGCCGUUACUCCACUGAGCUGAGGGAUUUCAAGAACAAGGUGGUGUCCAUGCUGGAGUCAGUGGAGAAAGACCGGGAGACACUUCGCUCAGAGGUGGAAAACACUGCAGUGCGGGUGGACCGGCUGGAGCGAGAGGUAGACUACCUUGAAACUCAAAAUCCUGCCCCACCCUGUGUGGAGGUGGAUGACAAACUAAUGGAGAAUCAAGUUGCCAAUGCCAAGAUGCGCAAGAAUGAGAAGUAUGACAAAAUGACAGAUUGCAGUGACACAGUGUCCCAGGUGAAAGCCAUGAAAAUCCUAAAGCGGUUUGGCAGCACUGCUGGACUCUGGACCAAAGACCCAGUGGGAAAUUCAGAGAAGAUCUAUGUGUUUGAUGGCACUAGCAACGACACCGUGUAUGUCUUCCCCAGAAUGAGAGAGUUUACGCUCUUCUCUGCUACACGAAAGGCUGCACGCAUCAAGCUACCCUAUCCAUGGGUCGGCACUGGACACUUGGUAUAUGGGGGCCAUCUUUAUUAUAUCCGAAGACACGGCACUUUCCAGGUCAUCAAGUUUAGCCUGGCCAACAAGACUAUUGUGGAUAGUUCAGUUUUCCCUGCCGAGGAGCAGAUCCCUGUCUUUGGUCUUUCAUCCUAUAACUACAUUGAUCUGGUGGCCGACGAGGAAGGGAUCUGGGCUAUUUAUGCCACACAAGAGAAUGAAAGAAACAUUGAAUUGGCCAAGCUAGACCCUGCAACCCUGGACAUUGAGCAAAUGUGGGACACACCAUGUCCCCGGGAGAAUGCAGAGAGCGCUUUUGUCAUCUGUGGUGCACUCUAUGUGGUGUACAACACACGACUGCCCAGCCGAUCUCGUAUCCAGUGUGUCUUUGAUGUCAGUGGCUCAAUGGCGGCUGAAGAUGCUGCCCUAGUCUACUUCCCCAAGCGAUACGGCUCUCACUCCAGCAUGAAGUACAACCCCAAAGAGAGGCAGAUCUAUGCUUGGGAUGAUGGCUAUCAGCUUAUUUACCGCAUGGAGAUGAAGAAGAAGACCGAAGUCUGAGAAAGGCCUAGAGCUCUGGUGGACAGCGCAUCAGAUACAUGGUCCAUUGCCUCCCUGCAGAUAUGAUUCAGCUGCCUACUCAUGCACAUAGCAUGUUCAGCUCCUUAGAAAACCAGCAAGCAUGGAGUAGACUGGACUUCCUGAUACAUGAAACAUUUUUAAUGCAGAAAUUACCUGCAUUUGGGGAGGGGAGGACUUGCCAUUUCUUUCUCUUUUUCACCUCACU